AUGUAUAGGUUGUGUUUUGUACUUUACAGAAAUUGCUUUCAACAAUUAGAAAUAUGUCUUCGAAUGUAACAAAUCCCAGUAAUAACGAAGAACUUUGCGUGGUUUGCUUCAAAGUUGUGGAAAUAUUUUCUAUCGGUGUUUGCGAUCAUGCCGUCUGUUUCGAGUGUUCGACUCGAAUGAGGGUACUUUGCAAGCAGAAUGAGUGUCCAAUCUGCAGACAAGACUUGCCUAAGGUGGUCUUCUCCAAGGUCGUCGAAAAAUAUUCUAUUCUCUUCCCAAAGUUUGAGCGGUCCAACCUACAAGACCGCAAGUUCGGCUUAUAUUUCUGCACUUCGGACAUUCAAAAAGAGUACCAGAAUUUACUGGAGCACCGUUGCUACAUCUGUGAAGAGGGUGAACGCAAAUGGCCCUUCAAGACUUUCCAGCAGCUUAAAGACCACAUGAGGCGGGAACACGAACUGUUCUAUUGUGACAUUUGUGUGGAGAAUUUGAAGAUUUUCACUUUUGAGAAAAAGUGUUAUACAAGGCAAGAAUUGGCUCAUCACAGGAGGAAAGGUGAUCCUGACAAUACAUCACACAGAGGUCACCCACUCUGUGAGUUCUGCGACACCCGAUUCAUGGACAGUGAAGAACUUUUCCGCCAUCUUCGCAGGAUUCACUUGUUUUGUCACUUCUGUGAUGCGGAUGGCAAACAUCAAUUCUACAACAACAUGCAUGACUUGGUGAGGCAUUUUCGAGAAGAGCAUUUCUUGUGUCAGGAAGGCGAGUGCAAAUCAUCGCCUUUGACGGCCGUCUUCAGAACUGACAUUGAUUGUAGAGCCCAUAUAGCUACAGAACAUAGCAGAUUCAUGAGUAAAUCAGCCACAAAGCAUGCAAGAACAUUGGAAUUAGAAUUCACAUUGGCGCCAAGACCGAGAUCAGAGAGAGCUGAUAAUUCUGGGAAUAAAAGAUAUAAUGAACGAAGAGAAAGGGAUGAAGGUGGUUACAACUUGGAACCAGGAGGGCAAUUAGGGGAUGAAGAUGAGAGGAAUCGACUUAUGGUGAAUCCAUUAACACCUCAAAAUUUUCCUGCAUUAGGCGGUGCAUCUAGUAACAUAACUGCAAAUUCUAGACCCACCACUUCAGUCAAUUUCACAUCGAAAUUGAGUUCCAACUUCAGAAAUGAGGAUUUUCCUACAUUAGGAGGAACAAAAGCAUCCCAACCUGCAGUAACGAUCACAACGAAUUCUUCUUCAGCAAAAUCGAACAGGGCCCCAGAAGUUACCAUUACCAGGACGACAAAAGGGCAGCAAGGAUUGGCCAAAACUAACAACAAUUUUCCGGUGUUGGGUGGUGCCAGUUCAGCUUCUAAUAGUGGCAAUACUGUUAGAUUCAGCGUCAAUAGCUCGCAAGAUUGUGGUACUCCAAAAGUGUCGAUCCAAGUAAACCACAGAGCGAAUGGCUCUGUCACAACCCAGAUCACCACAAGUGCCUCCACUUCUACCCAACAGAGGCCCACAGAGGCAUUUCCUGUUCUCGGAAAAUCUGCCAACGUCAAUGCUCAAACUCAGUGGGUACAGGUUAAGGCUAAGAAACAAGAACCGAAAAAUUUGAGAGUAGCAACACCUCCCCAGCUACCUCCAAGUAGCUUAGAUCAAUUCCCUACUCUUUCUAAAAAGAAGAGUUCCGUCUCUGUCCCUGUGUCCAGCAAUUGGGUAAACCUUAACAGUAUAAACAAUACUAAUAAUAGAAAUAAUGCGAAUUUGAAGACGAGCACAAGUAAUGGUGUUAAAAGUAGCGUUUCUUCAGGGGAAGGUAACAUUCGAAAAAGUGAAGUUUGGCAAAAGCAAAAUGUCGAAAGUAAGAUGGGUGAUCUCAAAAUCACAGAGAACGGUGAAUCUAAGAGUAAAAACAAGAAAAAGAAGAGCAAAAACCCCGAAAGUGAAAAUAGCAAACCAACUACCAGCAAACCUGAAAAACCCUGUGUGAUAAAGAGUAAUCCAACAAAUCAAGCAAAUAGCGUCAAUAAUACUGAGACGAAUUCCAAAAAUGGUUUAGUUAAAAAGCGGUCGGAAUUGAAAAUUGGAACCUUGUCUAACACUGGAGACACAGACAUUCUUUCAGGUGAUUUUCCGUCUCUGGGUGAUACAAAACCACCUCCUGGUUUCAACGUUAAGCCACCCCCAGGUUUGACGCCUGCAGCUUUUCCUAGUUUAGGUGUAGCUAAUGAUUUGACUUUCACUUCGAGCAGUGGUCAAAGUUAUUCGAUAAUGCCGUGCAAUAACUACAGCCAGCCAAAUAAUUUCCAUAUAAGAAACCAAAACUUGAUAAAACGCUUUAUGAAGAUUUUGAAUGGUGAUGCAAUCAGGGAAUUUAAGACUUAUUCGGAUCUAUUUCGAAACGGAGGUUAUCCAACUAGUAAAUAUUACGAACAUUGCAAGGAUAUUUUAUUGGACGAUUUUGAGGACAUUUUUCCUGAACUUUUAGUGCUUUUGCCCGAUAUCGAAAAGCAGCAAGAGCUUUACAAGGUGUAUAAUGGUAAAAAUAAAAAGAACCUUAUUAUCUGCGAGAACUGCAAGCAGAUAAUCUACAAAAAAGAGCUGUCCGAUCAUUACAACUAUCAUAUAUUAGAUAAUCAAUUUCCUAGUCUUGGAAAGGCACAACAGGUCAACAAUGUUUGGAAAAAGUAG